AUGGCGGAGGAUGGAUUUGAUUACGCAGCUGAAAGAGGAAAGCGAUCUCCUAUUUGGCAGAAUUUUGAGAUUAAUGGUGAACAUGCUGCAUGCAAGUUUUGCAAAAGACUAGUCCAGAAACAUAGUGGUUCAACUGGUACGUCUAAUCUAAAGAGACACCUUGAUAAGUGCCCACUAUAUAAAGAUUCAGGUAAGUCUGAUGAGUCUAAUGCAUCUGAAUUUGACCAAAAAGAAUACUGUAAGUUAUUUGCUAGAGCUAUAUUGAAGCAUGGUUAUUCUUUAAGUAUUGUUGAACAUGAGGGGUUUAGGGAAUUGCAUACAUAUUUGAAUUCCAAGGUUAGAACUAUUUCUAGAAACACAAUAUUGAAAUGGUGCAUGACAGAGCAUGAUGUGUUAAAGCAAUAUGUUCGUAAUACGUUUAAGGCCUUAACAAGUAAAGUGUCCUUGACUUGUGAUGUAUGGACAGCUUGUACUACUCGUGGUUAUUUGUCUCUUACGGCCCAUUUUGUGGAUAAUGACUGGAAAUUACGGUCUAAGGUGCUGAACUUUAGGCAUUUUCCACCUCCCCAUAAUGGUCAUGAAAUUUAUAAUCUAGUUUUUAGUUUGAUCAAAGAUUGGGGUAUUGAAAGAAAAAUUUAUAGUAUGACUAUUGACAAUGCAAGUAAUAUGGAUUCUAUGGUUGGGAAACUCCAAAUUGAAUUGGAUGCAAUGGCUAAAUUACCUCUUGACGGUAAAUAUUUUCAUGUUAGAUGCUCUGCCCAUAUCUUAAACUUAAUUGUCAAAGAAGGUUUGAAAGUCAUUGAUGAAUCUGUUGCGAAAGUUCGGGAGAAUGUGAAGUAUGUUGAUUCUUCUGAAGCUAGACUUAUAAGGUUUGAGCGGUGUGUUUCUAGUUGUAAUUUAGCUACAGGUGUAAAGCUAUGGAUGGAUGUUCCUACUAGAUGGAAUUCUACUUUCUUAAUGCUUCGUCGAGCUCUUGAUCUUUUACCGGCUUUGAAAAUGUUCGGUAGGAUAGAGAGCAAUUAUCACUUGGCGCUUACUGCUCAUGAAUGGGAUAUAGUAGAAAAAAUGUGUGAUUUUCUUGAACCCUUUUAUGACAUUACUAAUUUGUUUUCCGGUUCUGAAUAUCCCACCUCCAAUCUUUAUGUUUCCAACAUUUGUAGAAUUGAGUCACUAUUAGUGGCUGCUUCUAAAGGGGAUGAUCCAAAAACUCAAAGAAAUGGCAGAUCUUAUGCGUUGCAAGAUUUGUAUGAAGCUCACAUGGUUGAAACAAAAGUUCAGGAGGUGUAUCAUGAAUUUGUUCAAUUGUUUAACCAUUACAAGGAUCCUCUUCCUACUUAUUCUUCCCAAGGUAGUUCAAAUUCAGAUGCAUAUCGUCCACGCAAGACUAGUAGAGUUUAUGCGAAUUUUGUUGCUGAUGUUGCUAGUGGUGACAUGGGUAAAUAUGAAUUAGAAUUAUACUUAGAAUUGCCUUUAAAACCUUGUAAUGUUGAUGAGGAAUUCGAUAUUUUGGGCUAUUGGAAGGAGCAAUCAACAACUUUCCCAAGUCUUGGUCGUAUAGCUAAAUAUAUUCUUGUGAUACCUAUUACUACUGUUGCUUCCGAAUCUUCUUUUAGCAUGGGUGGCAGAGUUUUAAAUAGGUGGAGGAGUUCACUCUUGCACAAACAUGUCGAAGCUUUGAUAACAACUCGAAAUUGGUUGUAUGGUUAUGCUGAGUUGGAGAAAGAUGGGGUUGAGGUGGAGAAGGAGAAGGAUGUGGAUGAUACUUCUGUGGAUGUCACUCACCCUCGUUUGCUCACUGCAGUAAAGUUUUGUGGAAGAACAGCAAGUGCUGAAUUUCUGCUGAUGUUUCUUGCUAGUGCUCUGCUAAAGUCUGAUCCUUGCUGGGUUGGUUCUUGCUGGUUCUGUUUGUGUUGUGGUUGUCAUGCUGGAAGUGCUGUUGCUGCUUGCUUGCUGCCUGGUUUAUCAAUGGCUGCUGGUGUGUUCUGUGUUGUGUGCUUCUUGCUUGUUUGGUGUAUGCCUGUCUUUACUGCUGCCUGUAGUGUAUUGCAAGGUGUACUGGUUGAUGUUUUUGUCUUCUGCCUUGUUGUUGAUGCUGUUUAUCUGCUGUUGACAGCUCUAGCUGUGCCUUCUUUUCUGGGUUUCUUGCUGGCUAACCUCUCUUCUGCUGCCUGCGUGUGUGUGUCAGCUGCUGCUGGCUUUUGGUUUGAGUUGGUGUGGUGUCUCUUUGCUGCUGGUGGUCUAUUGGAAGUUGGAAUUGGUCUGGUGGUCUGCUGGUUUACACAAUACUCUACCUUUUUGGUGUAG